GGGUCCUUGUACAUGAAGGGCCUCACCGGUGGCUUUGUGCCUGGUCCCUGGAGGGAGCUCUGGAUAGCUGUACUUAGCAUCACAUAGGGGUGGGGCUAGAGAAACAACUGAAUCACCAGGCAGGGACAGAGGUUAUGGCCCAUGUCAGGCAGUGUGGCCAAGGCUCUGGGUGAGGCUCCUGGUCCAAGCUUUGCAGGAAAAAGUCAUAUCCGCACUGAGUUCCGAUCUGAACAGGCCUGCGUGGUGUUCCAGGCAGGACAACGGGCACAGGCUCAGGCUGCUGGUCAUCCCAGCUGAGAGUGGAGCACUGCUGCAGAGGGUCACCCUGGUUGCUCUGCAACUCUGGAGUCUGGUUGUUCUCUGAAAUUAAAAAAAAAUUACUGAACUGUUAAGAAAAAUGAUAAAAGAGGAAAGCAUCAUUUUCUGCAAACCUGUGCAAUCCCAAGGCGGAGCAGCCGGGGAGCCAGUGUCAGCUACAUCUUUGCAGUGCUGUUCCUGGAGGGGCACAGAGUGUCUACACAGCCUACUGUGGUCAUUGACAGGAGGGAGAGAGUUGGGUGUGGAGGAUUGUGUGUUGGGCAGGUGCACCUGAUGUACCAGGACUGGCUGAGAAGCGUCUUUCAACGUUCAACUCCCAAGACACCUGCGUCCACCUCUUGCACGCAUUAAACCAGAAGGGGGUGGGGGUUCUAGUCUUUGCUGUGUGACCUGAGGAUAGCCAGUAACUUCUCUGAGCCUUAUGGGAAGAUGGAGGUAAUUAACAGGAUUUACACACACACACACACACACACACUCAAGGUAGCAUUACAGAUGUAACCAGUGCAUUCCAUGAAUGGAAAACUCAGUCGUUGGACCUCUCACCCACUUCGUGGAGGAGAGCUAGCCUUUAUGCAGAACUUGCUGCAUGCCAGAUAACUCAGCUGUUAGAUCAUGCCAUCCUGAUGGGGCCCCCAGCACCCCCAACAUCACCAUCCCUCUCUCCAUCCCCACAGUGGCUGUAAAUUGAUGUCCAGGGCUUUGGAGAACUGAGGCCCACUUCUUAGUGCCUCCCCCAUUCUUAUCCUUCCUCAAGCUGUACCUCCAGCUCCCCCCUUGCUACAUGCCCCUCAUAGUUCCUGCUGGAAAAUGGCACCCGAUGGAGGGAUGUCCUGGCUAGUUUUUAUUGUCAGUUGAAGACUAGCUAGAGUCAUUCGAGAAGUGGGAAAACCUCAGUUGAGAAGAUACACCCACCAGACUGGUACAUGGGAAAGCCCGUGGGGUGUUUUCUUGAGUAAUGAUUGAUAAGUUAGGGCCCAGCCCACUGUGGUGGUGCCAUCCUUGGGUCGGUGAUCCUGGAUGGUAUAAGAAAGCAGGCUGAGCAAACCACCACGGGGAAGCAAGCCAGUAAGCCGUGUUCCUCCAUGGGCUUUACAUCAGUCCGUUUCUCCAAGUUCCUCAUUUGAGCUCUUGCCCUGACUUCCCUGGGUGAGGGACUAGAAAAUGUAAGCUUGAAUAAACGCUUUCCUCCCGAACUUCCUUCUUGGACAUCUCCCCUACUUUUGGAAAAAGGACGAAGCUUGUGGCCGGGUGCUCCAAGACGUGUUUUUGGAUUGGGCUAAGAAGUAUGGUCCUGUUGUGAGAGUCAAUGUCUUCCACAAAACCUCAGUCAUCGUCACGAGUCCUGAGUCUGUCAAGAAGUUCCUGAUGUCCACCAAGUACAACAAGGACUCCAAGAUGUACCGAGCGAUUCAGACCGUGUUUGGGGAGAGACUGUUUGGCCAGGGCUUGGUGUCUGAAUGUGACUAUGGGCGCUGGUAUAAGCAGAGAAGAGUCAUGGAUUUGGCCUUCAGCCGCAGCUCCUUGGUUAGUCUGAUGGAGACGUUCAAUGAGAAGGCGGAGCAGCUGGUGGAAAUCCUAGAAGCUAAGGCCGACGGACAGACACCGGUGUCCAUGCAGGACAUGCUGACCUGUGCCACCAUCGACAUCCUGGCCAAGGCAGCUUUCGGGAUGGAGACCAGUAUGCUCCUGGGCGCCCAGAAACCGCUGUCCCAGGCAGUGAAAGUGAUGCUGGAGGGUAUCAGUGCGUCCCGUAACACCCUGGCGAAGUUCAUGCCAGGGAAGAGGAAGCAGCUUCGGGAGGUCCGGGAGAGCAUCCGUCUGCUGCGCCAGGUGGGGAAGGAUUGGGUGCAGCGCCGCCGCGAGGCCCUGAAGAGGGGCGAGGACGUGCCCGCCGACAUCCUCACACAGAUUCUCAAAGCUGAAGAGGGAGCCCAGGACGAUGAGGUUCUGCUGGACAACUUUGUUACCUUCUUCAUUGCGGGUCAUGAGACUUCCGCCAACCAUCUGGCGUUCACAGUGAUGGAGCUGUCUCGCCAGCCGGAGAUCGUGGCAAGGCUGCAGGCCGAGGUGGAUGAGGUUCUUGGUUCCAAGCGGCACCUGGACUACGAGGAUCUGGGGAGACUGCAGUACCUGUCGCAGGUCCUCAAAGAGUCUCUGAGGCUGUACCCGCCAGCGUGGGGCACCUUCCGCCUGCUGGAGGAGGAGACCUUGAUUGAUGGGGUCAGAGUCCCUGGCAACACUCCUCUCCUGUUCAGCACCUAUGUCAUGGGGAGGAUGGACACCUACUUUGAAGACCCACUGACCUUCAACCCUGACCGCUUUGGCCCUGGAGCGCCCAAGCCACGGUUCACCUACUUCCCCUUUUCCCUGGGCCACCGGUCCUGCAUCGGGCAGCAGUUUGCUCAGAUGGAGGUGAAGGUUGUCAUGGCAAAGCUGCUUCAGAGGCUGGAGUUCCGGCUGGUGCCUGGGCAGCGCUUUGGGCUGCAAGAGCAGGCUACGCUCAAGCCACUGGACCCGGUGCUGUGCACCCUGAGGCCCCGGGGCUGGCAGCCUGCACCCCCACCUCCUCCCUGCUGAGCCCUGGGUAGGGUCAGAUUCCUUGGACCAGGGCCUCACUGGCCCCCAUCGCUGCCCAUGGCCACCCACUGGCGCCCCUGACCCUUCUGCCACCGUCCACGAUGGCUCCUGGUGGGCCCUGUCCCCUCGCCUGCUUCCCACCCUCAGUGCUUCCUGUCAUCCUCCGGCUUUUCAGCUCUUUCUGGUGGGCCCUGCCUGACUCCCAGCUACCACCACCACCAUCACCGUUUCUCCCAAACCUCUGAACUUCUGCACUGGCUACACCCCCAAAAAAGACACCCUAACUCUUGCUCACUCCCUAAACUCUUCAAGUGACACGUCCCCCAGGAAGCCCUCCUUGCUACCCAAGGCCAGGCCAGGGUCUCUCCUCUGUGCUCCUACCUCUAACACACUGACCACACUGUAUUGUGAAUGUCUGCUCAUGUGAACAGCUGCCCUGGCAGGCUGUGAGUGCCACAGGGCAGGGUCUGUGUGCACUUUGCCUCCGAGCCCCCUGUUGCUAACGAGGGUCUGGAACAGAGUCGAUACCCAAUAAAUGUGUGUUGACUGC